AUGUCACACGGAGUGCCGGUGACGGUCCGACCGGAGGAGGUGGCGGGGGGGACGGUGAGUGACACCGCAGGAGGAACGGAGGCGCGAGUAGAGCAUUUAGCGGCGAAGCUGGCACAGCAGGAGGAGGCCAUGGCUGCUCUCAAGAAGGAGUUGGCCGAACUGCGACGCGGGAUGGCGAAGGUCGCAGGCGCGAGCGGUGCAGAGGCGAAGGUCGCAGAAGCGAAAGGCGCAGAGCCGCCGGGCGCAGCGGCAAAGGGCGCAGCGGCGAAAGGGGCGUUGGAGACGGGGAGCCACGGCGAGACGGCAAAGGGCAAGAACGGGGCGGAGAUUGCCGCGGCAGGGGAAGCUGGAAAGGCAGGACACGACCCCCCGGCGGACAUUCUCGAUGGGAAAGAAAUUGUCGCGAUAGUGGAGAACUUCAUAACGGAGCACGUAGCUGGAUUAAGGGGUGAGCUUGCGUCUCAGGCGGAGGUUUUGCAGCAGCAGGUGGACGCGGUGCGGAGCGAGGCGGCGGACGCGGCGGGCGCGCUGAAGGCAGAGAUUGCGCGGAUUAAGGCUGCGGCGGAACGGCAGGCGGCGGAAGUGGCGUACCCCGGGGGAGGCGCGGGGGCACAAGCAGGAGCGGAGAUGCCCGAGGGGAAGAGGCGGAAGCUGGAUGAGGCGGGGAAGGCGGAGGAGGUGGCGUCUGCUGCUGCGGGCGGUCGCGCACUUGUUGCCAAUCGUGGUUCAGAUGGAAAGCGGGAUGAGAGAGAAAUAAAGGCUGCCGUGCUGGGUCUGCAGAAGGCAGUGGAUGGGCUGCUGCGCAGAGUGGCUAAGGUGGAGGACGGUAAUCGCAACAGAGGAAGGUUAUGGGAGGCGCUGCUGACGCUCUGGGCCAAGGCAGCGCCGCAGCAGGCGGAGAUGGAAUUCAUAGUCGUCUCCAGCCUCUCAAACACGGCACUCUCCCGCCUCACCUCGUUGCGCCAGCUCACCUCCAUAAACCUCAGGAACUCCUCAGGUUUCUCUGCCAUGGGAGUGCGACAGCUCUACUCCCUGCCCGCACUCGAGCAUCUGGAACUCACGGGCUCAUGCACGGACGCUGCUCUUGAAGGUAUUGACCGCGUGACGAGCCUGCGCUCUCUUGUUCUCAACUACAGCAAGGUAACGAAUGCGGGGCUUGCAAGGCUGGAAGGGAUGACGUCUCUCCUGAAGCUGUACCUGGGAGGACUCGAGGCGAUUACGUCGGAUGGUAUGUUCCAUUUGGAGAAGCUGACGGCGUUAGAGGAGCUGUCGCUGCACGAGACGGGAGUGGGGGAGGACGGGCUGUCGUAUCUUACCUCCCUCACCUCGCUGAUUACUUUCUAUUUGCCUCUGGGUGUGACUGACUCGGGUAUGAAGUAUUUGAGGCAUAUGCAGCGGCUGGAGAUGCUGGGGUUGUGGGAUGCAGAGGAGAUCACUGCAAAUGGUGUUAACUGGCUCAUGGGCCUGCCGUGCCUCAGGAAGGUUGGAACGGACGAUUUUGAAGUAGAAGGGUAUAUUCAGGACAGAUUUCCGGGAGUGAUUGUGCUUCCAGGACUACCUUAG